AUUUAAGAUCCGGUGUAAGAUCAACAAGGUUUUCUAACUUUUUAUCAGUUCUGAAUAAAUAAUCAAUUCGCAAAUUAACGUCAAUUAUUUGUUUUAAACGUUAUUUUUCACCGUAGCGAACGAGGCCAGGCAUUUUCAACAUUGAGAAUUUUCAAUUCAUCGGAUUCAGCUGCUGAUAUCUUUUUUAUUUCAACGCAUCUGAUAAAUCCUAACGUUCCAAGUAGAAAUUCGUUGUGAAAGGUGCUUUGUUCACUGAUAUAAGUGGGUCCGUCGAAAUAGUAAUGAUGCCACCCAAAUGUAUACUCAUAGCUAUGGGUGUUUUGAUUGUGGGCUCUUUCCUUUCUGGAAAUACUUCUGCGAAGCCUUUAGAGCCGGAAGACAGUGAGGUUGAUAUGGAUGAUUUUAACUCAGACUAUUCAUCAGUUGGCAUCGAUAGUUUACCCGAGGAGAAUGAUGUAAGUGACGAUGAAAUCGAAGAAGCAAAAGACGAUGUGGAUGAAGAUAUAAUAAAUGAUAGUGAAGUAGAAUAUGCAGAAGAAAUAGGAGAUGAAGAAACGAAAGAAAGUGAAGAAAAGUCUGGUAUUGAAACUGAAGAGAGUGAAGAAGAAGAAACGGAUAAAGAUGAAGAAAUAGAUAUAGACGAAGAUUCAGAAGAAAGUGAUGAAGAAGAUGAUGAUGAUGAAGUAACAGAGAAAAAUGAAGAUGACGAUGAUGACAAGACUGUAGAAAAAGCUGAGGGCAAAGUACUCUUUACUAGUGAUGAUGGAAAAGAUUUCGUUGAAAUUGUUCAAAUUCUGGAUGAAGAUGAUAGCCAAAAAGAAACCAAAUCAGCUAGUUGGUAUGAAAAAAUUAAACAAUAUCUUGCUACUAGAUUAGGAUAAUAGAAAAUAAAGCAAUAAAAUUUCUAAAAUUGCGUAAAAAGUAAUAGAAAUAGAUUUUCUUGCAAGAAAGAGUGGCUAAAGGGCAAUACUUAUAUAUAUAUGCAAAUAACAUAUUUAAAAUUUAAAAAAAUAAUAAUAAUAAGACGAAUGUAAGGAAAAACAAAUCGCUUUCAAACAGAAUAUUUGUUGUGGCACGUAAUUAAACCAUCUCAAUAAUUCAAAGAAAAAGUUCGGUGUCUUCUAGAAAUAAAUUUUUGAAAACUA